UGCCAGCGAGGUUACCUUUAGCUUCUUAAUCCUUUACAGGUGAGAGGAUUUUUCCUCUGGCCAGGAGGGAUUUUAAAGGGGUUUACCCUUCCCUUUAUAUUUAUGACAGGGGCUCAGCACAGUCCCAAAGUCUCCUAGCACUCUCUGACACUUUGAGGCACAAACUCAGUGAGAAGGAGCCUGCUAAUGUUGCUGGGCCCAUGAGCUGAGAUCCAGCGUCGAGGGCCAAGGGUUAGCUCGUUAAACCCUCACUUCCAUGUUAUCAGGGCCUAGCCCCUCGCCAAGCUGCCUGGCACAUGGGGAGUGUGGACACUACACCACAGAGAAAUCCCUGGCUGAACUUGGCUGGAGUAAAGUCAGCAAAAAUGCAGCUAUGGUGAUUCUGGAUCCAGACACGGCUCAUCCCAGCCUCGUGGUCUCUGAGAAUCGGCGAUCUGUGAAAUGGAGGGGCCUGCUGCAGGACAUUCCUGACAACCCCGAGAGAUUUGACUGUGAAACCUGCGUGCUGGGCUCAGAAGGGUUUGCCUCGGGGAGACACUACUGGGAGGUAGACAUUGGGGGUGGGAGGACCUGGGCUGUGGGGGUGGCCAGAGAGUCUGUCAAGAGGAAGGGCUGGAUCAAGUUUUCUCCUGAGGAGAGGAUCUGGGCCGUGGAUCAGUGUGGGAGCCAUUACCGGGCUUGCACUUGCCCAGAUACGCUCCUGCCCCUGACUGGGAGCCCCGGGAAGAUCGGAGUGUAUCUAGACUAUGAGCGGGGCCUGGUGUCAUUUUAUCAUCCUGGUAUAGAGGCCCCAUUCUACACUUUCACCACCUCUUUCACUGGGCAGCUCCCAGCUUCUGGGUCUACUCCCCAAUCACGCUGUGUCCCUGAGAUAUGGCAUGGGGGGAGAUAGCACCUCUCACUGAGGCCCAGCCCCGCCCAUGUGAGUCUGGCUGUUCAUUGCACUGAGCUCACACGGGGUGGCUCCAAAACCCACUUUGCUUUUCAGUGUUAAUGGGGCUAGUAACUCCUGAGGAUGUGGCAGCUUCUGGCUGAAGGCAUGUGCAACAUACCAGCAGCACACUAAAGAUGUGCAGUGUAUUGAUACCAAAUGCGUCAUUACUUCUUUUCUUUGUAUAUGCAUAGCUCUAAUGCAAUUGGUCUGACAGUAAGGAUUGCUCAUUGGAUGAGUAUUUACGCUAAUCAGUACAUGAACACUAGAACUGGCUGGAAAAUACAUUUUAACAUUAAAUAAAAAUAUCAAAGAGGUG